CCAGUUUGCCCAAUAAACGCUCAAGAUUGGUGUCCUACACCCUACCAGGGUCAGUCAUGAUGAACGGAGCACCAGACAACCGCGUAACGACGUCCAGCAGCUUUGGAAGGGACUCAAGAGCUUUUGACAAUAGAGAGGAGCAGUUUGAGACCAUGAAAGAAGACUCGCAGAACCUCAUGGAGGCGAUGAGUAUAUCCCAACAGAACACGCAAGAGUGCACACAGACACUGGAGGACAGUCCGUCGCUGUGUCUUAUGAGACUCGUGCUGCACCCGGAAGUGGAUAAAGCCGUUACAGCGUUCCAGAAGAACGCACUGGAGAAGAAAGGACUGUAUCGGAUCGAGAUGCAGAUGCUGACACCACGAGUGACACUCGGGAGAGAGAGUUACGUCGGUAUCUUUGAUAAAAAGACGUCUGGCGUCGAUCCAGUGAAGCUGAGCAGAACUCACUGCAUUAUUGAGACGGCGUUGGACCCAGAGACUCACAGACAUGCAGUUUUCAUUACAGAUAAAAGCACUAACGGCAUCAGAAUCGACGGAGUGCAAGUACAGAAAAACAAGAAGUACAAGUUGGCAGAUGGACAGAAGAUCACGCUACUGUCCUCACGGCAGGGGAACGUAUUACUCGGGUAUGUUGCUGAAGAUCCGCAUGUUCGAGGCGCUCAGGAAGGAACUAAGGGUAACCAGACGGCAAUUUUGGCAGACUCACAAGAUAAAUCCCAGCAGGGACCGAACUUUCAGGAAUACACACUGGGUGUGUUGUUCUCGGCGCCGUUGGUGGGGAAGGAUAUUCACGGCAAAUACCAUCCAAUCGCGGAACUGGAUGUAAAGCGGGAGUACUCAAUUUUGCAGAAGAGUUUGAUAGAAGCAUCCAAGUUUGCCAAGCGUCCAGCUGCAGUUAAUGAUCUAUCAGGCAACAACGGUCCUGGGACCUUGUCCAGGAUAUACCAGUGUCCACGACAGAUUAGUGUGGUGGCUAAGUUUGCAAACACCGACACCUUUCGAGCGAUGGUGACUCUAGGCUGCCGAGCGCUUCAUUUUUCUGGACAUGGCGAUGAAAACCACCUAUAUUUUGAAGACGGAAUGGGACUGGUGCACCCGAUUCCCCAUAAAGGACUCCAAGAGCUGUUCUCUGCAGGUGGAGGAGGAGAAUCGACGCUGCGUCUUGUAUUCGUGUCUGCAUGUUCUUCUGCACCGCUGGCCUAUGCUUUCGUAGCGUGUGGUAUUCCUCACGUCAUUGGUGUACGUACAAACCAGAAGAUCGAAGAUUAUGCGGCGAUUGAGUUCACGCGUGCAUUUUACUUGGCUCUUGCGACCGGGAAGCCGGUGGGGGCAAGCUUUACUAUAGCACAGCAAUCGGUUGCCAAGUCUCCGAAUAUUCGAGGACCGAUGGCUGUUGCGGAGAAGUUCAUGUUGCUUCCUGAAGACGGCGACCACUCGGAGAUUAUUUUCCCUCUUGCAGCAGUGGAGUCUUCCAAUACUAUCAACCUCGAGCCUAUGAAGAAGAAGCGAUACCCGAAGCUAUGGUUCGAUGACUUACCGGCCAUGUGUCAGGGAUUUUGCAAUCGAUCUGUGGAAGUGUACAAGAUCUGCUUGGCAUUGAUGAUGACGCAGUCUCGUAUUACUCGUCUGGUUACGAUCUGUGGAGAAGAAGGCAUUGGCAAGACUGCGGUGGCGCAUGCAGUGGCGAACUAUGUAGGACCACGCAUCACUUCAGAAGGGGGCGUUCGUAUCUUUUCGGUAGCUAGACUGGCCCAAGACGAGAUGGAUGAACAUGUGGGAAUGAUGCGACGUAAUAUCAACAUCGCGAAUGGAAGAUGUCGCGUACUAACGCGGUUAGAGACGAUGGUAACGGAUCAUUUGAAGCAGCACAAGGCUCGGAUCGAGUUCAACGGCCAGCACAUGCUUAUGGUCAUGGAUGGCUGUGAUUAUUUGCUACGUAACGACACUCGACGAGACCGAUUCCGUGUCUUUUUGUCGGAUAUUUUGACAAAUAACGCGUCUCUGAAGAUUGUGUUGACUGCGCGAACGUCUAUCUGUGCUGACGGUGCUGUUCGUGGACACGGCGAACGGUUGUACACUCUGUCCAAGUUCGACAUGAAGAGCGCGACGAUGAUGCUGGUUAGUCUCAUGAGUCGACCUAUUCGUGUUGAGGAACUGAAACACGCACGCGCUACGAACUCUACAGAUAAGCUGGAACUUAUUGCUUCACACCCGGCUUUGAGAGCUACAAAGGGUAUCCCAAAACGCAUUGCCGAUCUUGCUGGCAGACUGAACGAAACAACCAUGGACAAGAUCCAGGUAGACGAGAGCGAUUUAGGACUCAUGGAAUGAUAGGAAGCCUAGUAUAAUAUAGCGAUGAUGAUGAAACUUUCC